AUGGAAAUUCCUUCUUCAGUGGGACGAGUACAAGCUCCUGUAGCAGUUCCUGCUGAUCAGAUCUAUUAUAGGCCGUUGUACUCAAUCAAUGGCAUCGACCGGAGAGUUGACUCUUGGGUUGGCGUCCUGGACGGCGGCCGUGAAGAGGUUGAGUUAGAUCUCGAUCUUGCCAAUGCCAAGACAGCUACUUGGGCAAGCCUUGGGUUUCCCAACCUUGAUCGCAACCCUCUCUACGACACCAACUUGGUCAACGCUGCCUAUCCCGAUAUGAAGCUCUCACUCAAGGCUGGGGGUAUGCAAGCAUUCGACGUUGAUCGGGGUUUUUGGGAUGUUAGCGCCGCUGCCCGAUCUCAGCUGGGCUCGGUUGUGGGCAAUGAGGGACGUUCCCGCAGACUGAUGAAGAUCACCAGAAUCCUGCUGGGAUACAAAGUGGAGAUUAGAAUGACACCUACGAACGGCAAGAAGAGUCAGCUACCAGACGCUUUGAUCGGCUCGGGCGGAGAGGAGAAGAACAUAUUGGGAAUGACAGCUGACAGAUGUACCGUUCAUAAAGACGAUGGGCAAGUCGUCAUUACUAGCGCCCCGAGUGGCUUUCCGACCGUGUUGGCGGUUCUGGGACGUGAGAUUUAA